UACUCUUGUCGCAAAUUGUAGUUUAUGUAUAGUAUUGUGUGUACAGGGGAGUUAGGCUGCCUGGAAACGAGUAGUACUCUUUGCUUAGCACAGUGAUGGGUAAUGUUUGCAACCAAUAAUAACGUUCUCUCUGCGAUGAAAAGGAAUUACAUUCGGCGUAGUUUAUACUGAUAGGCGAAUGUCUCUUCACAUAGCGUUCGCAUUUUCUUAUAUAUUCUUGUAUAGUUUAGUCGUCCAAAACAACAAUAAUAUUAUAUAUACUACGUAUUAAUAGACGACGUGGAGCACAGCUCGAGAUCACGUGACGAUGUCUCUCGUUCUCAUUCGUAAUUAUUUGUUGCUUCUCCCUUUGCCUUAAGGUCGCACUUCCGCCGCAGGACCGAACCAAGUCAUGGCGGAGGCCGCCAACAUUUUAAAAACGAACCAGGAGGGGGAGUCUAGCGACGUGCCGGGGUCCGACAAGCAGGACGUCGCUUCCUCCUUGAUCCCGACCAGCAGCCACCAGCACCCUCACAUCGACCUCUCCGUCCCCGUCUCCCACAGUGAACCUAUAAUUAGAGAUAAUAGUGCAGAGGCCGUCGUGGCAGCGUCUAAAGCGUCGCCCGGUGCUCGUUCCCCGCGGCGUUGGUCAGACGGCAGUCGCCACUUGCCAACGUUGUCUCCUGGAUCGACGUCUCCUCCGGUUCCGCGCACCCGCACCACUUCUGAGCCUUCCCAUCCGACGUCUGAUACUGAUGUCCCGUUGCGGUCUCCUCGAGCUGCUCGGCAUACGCCACAGCGAACUCCAGAUUUGAACGUUGCAACAGGACCGAGCAGCGUUCCAGUGUCAGCGCCACCACCACGGCAACUGGACGCUGUAGAGUUAUUGAAUAAUGCCGUCGAUGACAGCAAGCAGCAGCAGCACGCACAUUCAAGCAAAACACCGACGCCACAACGCCAACGCCAACUUGACCACAAUGUUGACCAAGGACUUCCGAAUGAUCUGGUGACGGCGCAAGAAGCUGAGUCACCGAAACUGCCUGCGGACGUCGUACCGACUGUCUCCGCACUAGUUCCUUUAGUGCCAACCGAUGUUGCUUCCCCAGCCCCCUUCUCCCCAGAAUUUGCACUAGUAUACGACGAUGAAGCCAAACAGCGCGAACAAGACACCCAGUGUGGUUGUUGUGGCUACCCGACACCGUCCUUGCGGAAGUUUCGCACCAUGUCCUGGGUGGUGUUCAUACUGUGUAUGUCAUCUUUCACGAGAAGUUUCUCGGCGAGCGGUAUAAUGCUGGUGGUCUUGCCAACACUAGAACGGCGCUACAGCCUCAGCGGAUCCGAGAGUGGAUCAAUCGUGAGCUCCAACGACCUUGCUGCCAGCCUCAUCAUGCUGCCCGUUUCAUUUCUGGCCAGCAAUCGCCACAAACCUCGCAUCCUGGGCUGUGGAAUCAUUCUGAUGGGCAUCGGCAACUUCAUCGUGACACUGGCCCACUUUCUCGCCCCUGCCUACCAUGUUACCGGUCAAUCGCAGGAGCUCUGCCCCAGGGUGAAGAGUGGCGACGGUGGUUGUACUGGCGACAGCGUUCGGAAUUUCCGUUUCGUUAUGAUUGCGGGACAGUUCAUUGCGGGCAUCGGAUCUACUCCCAUCAACACCGUGUCAAUCGCGUACUUAGACGAAAACCUGCCUAUGGCAAAGUCAGCAGCCUAUGUUGGUAUAUUUAACAGCAUGAGUGUCUUCGGUCCAGCGAUCGGCUUUAUAUGUGGAGGCCUGAUGCUCAAGCGCUUCGUGGACAUAUCAACCGAUGUCAAGGCCCUCAACCUGACGCCAGAUAGCGGUGCAUGGGUUGGAGCGUGGUGGAUAGGAUUUAUUAUAACCGCCAUUUUGGGGAUCAUCUUCGGGUCUGUCACCAAUCUGUUUCCUAAACACCUCCCCGAGUUCUACACGAUCAAAGCGGAACGCAAACUACAGCAAAUGCAAGACAUCAACUACGUUACCAUGUCUGGUAUCCAGAGCGGUGACUUCGGGGAACGAUUGUCCGAUCUACCGAUGGCGCUGAAACAACUCUGCAAGAACUGCGUCCUAAUAUUUCUUUGCUUCGCCUUCUCAUUCGGCCAGCUCUAUUGCGUCGGUAUCACUGCUGUCGUGGCCAAGUUCUUUCAGGCGCAGUUCUCCAUGAGCCCCACGGGUGCUGCUUUAAUCAUUGGUCCCGUAGUACUGGUAAGCGGUAUGGGAGGCGCUAUCAUGGGAGGUAUAUUGGUGAGCCGGUUCAAGAUGGACAGUCCGGGCAUCAUACGCAUGUGCUUCCUCAACUGCCUGAUUGCCAUCGUUUCCGUGAUGGUGUAUCGGACGUACUGCAAAGACAGCGACAUGGCCAUCAAUAGCAGCUUUGACGCCGAGAGCGGGGUUGGGUCCGAGUACGAUCUUCCAUGUAACAGUCACUGCCACUGCUCUGAGCAUGACUUCGACCCUGUGUGCUCAGCAGAUAACAAAAUGUACGUGUCUGCCUGUUACGCUGGUUGUCAGACGACCUUUCCAGCCGGUAAAAACCAGGCCUUCGCCGCCUGUUCCUGCGUUAACGUUUCGGUCAGUCUACCGGACAUAAAGGAUGGCCGUCUAGCAGAAGCAGUGAGCACCCGCUGUAAAGUCGACUGCAACCUCCUCGUCCCGUACACAUUCUCCCUCGUUGUGUCGGUCUUUUGCGUCUUCCUGAACCUGGCUCCUGCCACUGCGGCCACAAUAAGGGUUGUCAAGCCGAGGGAGAGGUCUUUGGCAUUAGGCGUCAGGGUUAUCGUAAGCAGAGUCAUAGGGUCGAUGCCAGCUCCCAUUGUGUUUGGCAGUAUUCUGGAUAGCAGCUGCCAGGCGUGGAACUUUCGAUGUGGAGAGAAGGGCAACUGCUUGUCGUACACCAACAGAGACAUGGCUCAUGGCAUGUUCAUCACGCUCACCGUGUGCAUGGCCGCUAGCGCCAUCUGCUACGCCGUUGCAUUCGGGUUUCUCAUCCGUUCAAGGCGACAGAGACGUCAGAAGGUACAGUCUGACCAACCCGAAACAGUUGUGGAGGAGGCUGAACGUCUGGAGGCAGCUGACCAUUUGGACGAUCAAGAAGGCUCGCCGGCAGAAUAAAACACGGAUAGAUACA